GCCGAUGGAGGUCUCAGCCAAGAAGCCGGCUCCGUUCCUCCGUCAGGUCGUCGCCGUCAGGAAACCGACGCUGAGAGAUCCUCGAUUCGACGACCUGUCCGGAGAGUACAAACCGGAGAUCUUUGAGAAGACGUACAAGUUCAUCACCGACAUCAAACGGCGAGAGAAAGAGGUCGUCCAGAAGCAGCUGAAGAAGAUAAAGACGAACGUACCGAGGAAAGAAAAGCUGCAGUUCCUCCUGAAGAGGAUGGUGAGAGUCAUACGUCAAACACAGCGCCUGACCGCCUAA